AUGCAUUUUUCUGUGUGUUUACAGGUGGGGUGUGAGUGGGUUUGGUUGGAUUCUGGACAAGACUAUCCUGAUGACUCUGAGUUGAGCAAUGACUGCAGGUCCCUCUUCAGCUCUUGGGACUCCAGUCUGGAUCUUGAUGCGGGCAGCUGGAAGGACAGUGAGGAUGCAGAUGCAGAGGCUGAUGAACUAGAGGAAAGCAGUCCCGAGAGAGAAUCUAGUGAGCUGCUUGUGGACGAUAUGGAGAGUGGAGAACCUCAGGAAGAACAAGACACACAGCAGAACCUCCUGCACCUCCUCUCUGAGGAGGAGGCUCUGCAAGACUCCAAAGAGACCGGCCAGGGUGAAGGGGACGCUUCAGACGGAGAAGACACGCCCCCUUUAGGUGAGGGUCGCGAUGGCGUCCGAGUUCAGGAAGCUCCCCUUGUGAAUAUCCUUUACAACUGUAGUAACUCCUCACAACUGAGUGACCUAAGCCAAGGUGAUCCUACUCAGGAUCAUUUCUUAUUUAAGAAGACUCUUCUGCAAGUCUGGAAGAUGAUUGCCAGUCACAGGUUUAGCAGCCCAUUUCUGAAACCUGUGUCAGAAAAGCAGGCCCCAGGAUACAAGGAUGUGGUGAAAAGACCCAUGGACUUAACAACGCUGAAAAGGAAUCUGUCUAAGGGACGAAUUCACACCAUGGCUGAGUUCCAGAGGGAUCUGAUGCUGAUGUUCCAAAAUGCCGUGAUGUACAAUGACUCUGAUCAUCACAUAUACCACAUGGCGGUGGAGAUGCAGCGGGAAGUCUUGGAGCAGAUCCAGGUUCUGAGUACUUGGCUGGAUAAAAGGAAGGACCUGAGUAGCCUGGAAUGAGUGCAGCUAAUCCAGUGGACCAAGGAAGCCUGUUUUGUUAGCCUCGAACUACAAGUCUGAUUCUUUCUCAAGUUACAGCUCUCCUUAGGACUGGCCAGAGAAGAAGUGGAAACUUACUCUUCUCCACUACUUUUCCAAAUAAGGAUAGUAAUGCCUCACCUCCUACCUCAGAAGUCAAAGGUGCUUGCAAUGUAGUAUUUUUUUUAAAGGGGUGGGGUAGGGUACCGAGAUCUGGAUUUAUGAUGUAAAUAUUGCCCACGUUUUUGUU